UACAAAAUUUGAUAUUGAGUGUACAACAGCUGUCAAUUGUCGUAGGGAUUUUCGUCGAAUGUUGUUUUUGAUUGCGCUUUGCAAUCAUCACAAGCACAAAAAUUCCGACAAAAUUGCACUCGUUUUCGGUGGAUUUUCAAUUUAUCGAACGAUUUAACGAAAGAGAACGAGUGAAUUUGAUUUUAAUUUAAAUGUGAUUAAUCGGUACACAUCAAAAAUGUGGGACUCGUCAAUGUUUCUAUCGACAUUAACACCAAAAUUUUAUGUUGCCCUCACCGGAACUUCUAGUCUUAUAUCUGGCUUAAUACUCAUAUUUGAAUGGUGGUAUUUUAGGAAAUAUGGCACAUCGUUCAUCGAACAAGUGUCAUUGAAUCACAUAAGCCCUUGGUUCAAUGGCGAUACGGAUGAUGAGACAAGCACAACAAAUAAUCAACCAGUACCCGAAUGCAAAGUGUGGAGGAAUCCAUUAAAUUUAUUUCGUGGUUCUGAGUAUCAACGAUUUUAUUGGGCUGUAGCUAAAGAACCUCUUACCUAUUAUGAUAUGAAUUUGAGUGCACAAGAUCAUCAGACAUUUUUUACAUGCGAAUGUGAUGCUGGCAAAGCCGAAUAUGAACUAAUGCAAACAGCGUGGCGUGAACGAAAUCCAGUGGUUCGAAUAAAAACAGCUCGAGACGCGUUAAAAAUAAAUCCCGAGUGUGGUCCAGCGUAUAUUUUAUUAGCAGAAGAAGAAGCGGUAACGAUAGCCGAUGCGGAAAAGUAUUUACGACAUGCACUAAGAGUGGCUGAAUUAAAUUAUCGAAAAUCACAGGCGCUUCAACAUCAAGGAGCGCUAGCCGAAGCGGCCCAUCGUCGUGAUACAAACGUAUUGAUUUAUAUAAAACGACGGUUGGCAAUGUGCGCCCGAAAAUUGGGUCGUCUCAAAGAAGCCGUUAAAAUGUUUCGAGAUUUAACAAAAGAAAUACCACCAAUCAUGAAUGUACUGAAUAUCCAUGAAAAUCUUAUAGAAGCUCUUUUAGAAAUGCAAGCAUAUGCCGAUUGUCAAGCCGUAUUGGCCAAAUAUGAUGAUAUCUCGUUACCAAAAUCGGCAACCAUUUGUUAUACAGCCGCUCUGUUAAAAGCGAGAGCUGUUAGCGAUAAAUUCUCACCGGAUAUUGCAUCGAAGAAGGGUUUGAGUGCGGCUGAAAUGAGUGCGGUCGAUGCAAUUCAUCGGGCGGUUGAAUUUAAUCCACAUGUUCCUAAGUACCUUUUGGAAAUGAAAUCACUUAUUUUUCCACCAGAACAUAUACUGAAGCGUGGCGAUUCGGAGGCCGUAUCGUACGCAUUCUGUCAUUUAGCACAUUGGAAAAAUGUGGACGGAGCACUAAAUUUAUUGCAUUGCACGUGGGAGGGCACAUUUCGAAUGGUACCAAAUCCACUUCAAUCCGGACAUCUAUUUUAUCCAUAUCCAACAUGCACAGAAUGCGCUGAUCGUGAACUGUUGCCAUCAUUUCAUGAAGUAUCGGUGUAUCCGAAGAAAGAAUUACCAUUUUUCAUCAUUUUUACAGCCGGUUUAUGUUCAUUCACAGCAUUAUUGGCAUUGCUCACACAUCAAUAUCCAGAAUCAAUGGGCCAAAUGGCACAAACGUUACUUAAUUGGCUUGCCCUUCCAUUUUUUUUUCUUAAGGAGCGCUUGGAAUGUGUUUGGCCAUGCAGUUUAUUACAACAAUUAUAUCGAAUCUGAAGUUUAUUAGAAAAAAAAGGAAAAUUGUUUUUAAAACCGGCCAAUACAAAACACACUCACCGCAUUGGUAACUCAAGUGAAAUUGAAACAAACAAAUUAUAAAUAAUAAAUAAACAAAUUAAAAAUGAAAUUAAAACUAAGUUUGAAUUGAUAUUACGUACUGUAUUUCUGUAUCUCAGUAAU